AUGGGAACAGGCAAAACUUCAUUAAUUCAAAGAUAUAUUCACGACUCAUUUCCAUCUUUAUAUAAACCGACAAUUGGCGUUGAUUUUGCUACAAAACUUAUUCAAUAUGAAGAUACUUUGAUUAGACUUCAAUUUUGGGAUAUUUCUGGUAAGUAUUCCUUUUUAAAUGGAAAUUAAAAAAUAUUCAAAUUAAAAAAAUAAAUUUAAAUUUAGAGCAUAUAUGUAUUUUUAUUGGUAAAAUUGAACUUAGUACCCCCCUCAAGAAAGUGGAAAAAUGGCCAGUCUUAAACUGUGUUACCUACUUUGCUCUAUGACAAUAAGUACUCAGCUCUGUUUUUAGAACCAAUGUCAACGUGGGUGUGUGGACCAGCUCUUUUAUUUGUAUAAGGUUUGCCGUACUAGCAUGAUCUUUUAUGGGAAUAAAGAAACUAGUCAUCUAGAGUUCUGGUACACCCACACAAUACCG